GUAUGAGGGGAGCCUAUCGCGGCCGCGGUCAGUCGAAUGGAAACAACAGUGAUAACAGGCGUGCGCCUAAUCGUGUCAUUCUUGUGCCCGCGGAAUACCGGCGCGAAACGAAGAGCUCAGAGCGUAUGAGAAUCAUCACCACCUGGAAGAACGAGACAGGAUGCGAAGUUCUGCCCCAACUCUUGUCCGAAGACGGCUCCGGUCGAUCAGCGGGAGUCAUUGUCAAGUUCGAACUGUUCGGCACGACCGAGAAACUAGACAAGGCUACCCAGAAGAUUGAGGAAUGGAUUCGCUAUUCUGUCACAAAGACCUCAGAGACUACUAAAUGGGUCAAGCUCCCGGCGCACAUCCCAAAAGAUUGGUAUCACGAACAUAUGCGGCGGGAGCAAAACGAGAGGAGAAAGAAGUUCUUGAGAGACAUGGGAGAGGAUGAGGUCACCGUCGAUUGGCCCCAGGAUCUCCGCGGUUCAGAAUUUACGAUGAAAGACGCCUUCGGUGCUGGCCUCGGAAAGCUAGAUCCGAUUAGGAUGGACGACGAAGUAUUCAUUAAGGGUGUGGGAUUGAAUCAGCUCGAAAUACAUGGAGCCGACAUCAAGAAUGCUCGAUCAGCCGAACAGCAUAUCAAGGUCCUCAUCGAGAAGGUCAAGCUCACAAUCAAUAAAAAAAUGGUGUUCCCGAAAUACUUGAUUCUGGACACGCGAGAAGACUCAGGAGAAGGUGUGCUAUACGAGAAAGCUGAGACAUGGUGGCCAAAUCAUACAACACAUCCCAUCGUACCUCGCCUCUUACGUUGUGCUAUGACGAGCAGCGAACCUGGCGAUUACUGGCAGGACCUUCAGCCUGCGCAGCACAACGAAAUACAGAAGGAGAUUCAGCGAGCUCUUGACGUUGCCCGAUACGAAAUGGGCACAUAUGACCUCUCGAUUCGCCUCGGUUGCCUUGCCAUGAAACAGCCAGUAUCAGACACCGGUACGAAACCUGACCUGGAGAAGUUCUUGACUGGUGUCACAACCAAGAAAAAUUUGGACUUCGUAGUCAAGCAUUGGCUCUACGAGGACAAAGAUGGCGAAGAGCUCCUUGCGCGCCUUAUUUCUGCCAACCAUCUGCUUGCACUUUCCGAUGCCGAUGGUGCGGAGAAUUGGUUUCCAAUACUUCGCGGCACCUGGGUCUUUCAGGACCCUAAUGCUUCUCAGUUUACCUCAUCACCCUACGUCGUUCAAAUUCUCUGGAUGGUCGACGAGGACGGUUUUUAUGAGAAGCGUACAGAGCACACGAAAUAUUAUCGCCUUGAGACAGGACGCACUGCGCCAAAAGAGAACAUGGACAUAAAACUCGUGGAGCUCGGAGAGAGCAAAGGUUGGCAAUUCAGUCUCACGUCUAUGAUCCCGUGCAAGAUGGCACUGGUCCCGACCGCCAUUCGCCGCUUUGCCGAUGGGACUCAGAUCAAGCCAAAGGACGACACCGGAUGGAAGCAGCCCUUCGUAGACUUCACUGCUGGCCCCUCGCUGAGACUCCUAACCGGCCGCCUGGACAAAUUAUAUACUUUCGACAUCAAGAAGACGGGAUAUAAAGUCAACCUCACUUCAAUGUGGUACCCGGGCGCGAAAGUGCCUUGCUGGGGCCUCAACGUCUACCACGGCGACUGGCGAUCUCUCCUCGCUACCACAGAGCAAUUGCGACAAGGUGAACGUGGUGUAUGGGCAAACACUCUAGGCACAUUUCUCCCUGACGAUGGACUCUUCUGUGAACCGAACGCACCCGAACAACCGUCGAAGGCCGAUCACACUGGCAAACCGCUUCCCGGCGACGGUGUUCGACUCCUGACGACGAAGCUCAUGGAGCUCUCGCAGGUGAUUCACCAGUCCGGCCGGGUGAAGGUACCGGACUACCCGGCAAUCGCUCCCUCGCCCCGUGUCUCUACGCUUUCCCAGGAGAGCUUGAUCUGA